AUGGAGCACCCGACAGAUGUUUCCAAGAUGGAGGACGUGUUCUCUAUACAGAGGCUGGAGAUGCACAGGCCAGAGACGGUCCUACCAAGCUCGUUUGACCACAUGCUGCAACGCCUGGACAAGGCAUACCAGAGAUUCUGGAAAAGGCUGGAGGUUAGGAUGUCGACCCCACAUGCCCAGUACAAGGGAAGUGAGCGCAAGGGCGAGAGCCGCGGAGAGCCUGGUCCCCCUCAGAGCAAAGCACCUUCACAAGCAAUGGUGAAACCUUAUCCUGGCACAUCUUGGCUGAGGGCCACCCUGGCUAAGCCCGUAAAACAUCCAACACGUCGGCGUAGAUUAGACAACCGCAAGCAGCUGCGGACCACUCGAAGCCCCUGCAAUCUCCCAAUAGAGAGGGACUUGGAGCACCACGUUAGUGUCCUUGGAUUCCAGAUGCGGACCUCCUCUCAGACACAGGGAGGUGCGGGCGAUACCCUGGCACACCCUAUUCAAGCUGCAUUGCCCGGAGUGAUCCCCACUCUACCGAGCCAAGGCAUUGGCUGA